AUGUCGUCGGCCGCAGUAUCGGGUCUUGGGGAUUCCAGUUUUGUAUCGGAGGGCUAUACUGUGGGACUCAACUUGCAGUCCCAAGCCUCUGACUACAGUACCAGUUUCGUCGCGUUGGUAGCUCCUACAAUCACCGAGCAGCAGCCCAGCUUUUCAGUUGACGUUUCUGGUUGGAAAAUUCCGCCGAAUUUAUCAUUGGCAGAUCCGCAGUUCUUCAAGCCACAGCGUAUUGACCUUCUCAUUGGGGCUACCCUAUUCUUCGAACUGCUGUGCAUUGGCCAAAUCAAAUUGGAUGUUGGCUUGCCAUCGCUUCAGAAGACUCUCCUUGGAUGGGUGGUUUCAGGAGGUGGCCAGCAAACACGUAGGACAGCCUUACUUGGGGCUCAGGCCUCAUCUGACGCCAGGCAGGAGUCUCUCGAUCAAGUGGAACUGUUACUAAGGCAUUUCUGGGAGGUUGAAAGUUCCACUGAAGAUGGUGAUGGUCAAGCAGGAGGAUAUCGAUUGUGA